CCACGGCGUGCUGGUCACUCACUCAAGAUAUUCAUUGAUAGUGUUGGACUUCCAUCCAUUCAUUAUCAGGCAGCAGAGUCUCCGUGGGAUGAGUGCAGAAUUUAACCCCCACGGGGCACUGCUGGCCCUUCUGUCUGCCGCCCCACUCCUGGUCAUCCUGCUGAUGUGUCUGCGCUGUCACAGGAGAUCCAUGAAAAUACGAGAAGAAAACCAAAUUUACGACCCACAGCUAUUUGAAGAUAGGGGAUUCACUGUCAUUCGAUCUAAAACAGUGACACGGCCCAAUCAGAUUGUCAGAGCGCCGCCCCCUUUACCCCCAGAGGAAUCUCAACUGGAGAUUGAGCAGGAUGCCCAAGCAGUAGUCAAUGGAGAACACUCAAAAUAUCAAAAUGUCCCCAUCUUGGCAAAAGAGGGCUGUGAACCAAUGUAUGUGGAUCCAAUUGCAGGAUCACCAUAUCAAAACUGCAUACUAAAGACCUCGGAGAAAGAUGCUGAUAGCAAUUCAUAUGAAAACGUGUUUCCCACCACAGAGAAAACCACCAGUCAGGACUCAGAUGGCUCAGACUACGAAAACAGCACAUUCCUGCAAACUGUAAAAAGGAGAGGGUGUUCAGCAGCACCCAGCGCUGAUGAAGAAGGAGAUGAACCCGACUAUGUCAAUGCCCUAGUAGUAAAACCCUGAAGGACAAGCAGCCCGAGUUCUGACACCACGGAAGCCGCACAGGGAUCCUAAGUUCAUGGAAACAGGGAAGGACUCGGAGAACGGACAAGCACCGGUCCACACGGAGCUCACCAUGUAACUAAACUGAAAUGUGAAGGGGAUGGGGAUUGUGUUACUUAUAGACUUGCAUAGUAACAUACAAGGAGAUAUGGAGGCCCUAAAUUAAAAACCAAUAACUAUCCAGCUAAGGAGCUAUAACUUGCUAGUGAAAACAGGCAGCUUGUCUUUAUGCCAUGUGUAGACCCCCUAGUGGCAUAGACCUGUAAAUACAAGGGCCUCCCUGAAGCACUCAGUUCUCUAUUGAUCAACCAAUACUUGUCCUGUUAUUUAGUGCUUUUGAAUUAAUCUUAUUUUCCAUGCUGCUUAAUUUAUAUUUUUGCUUGGAUUUUUUUUAAAUAGACAAAACUGAGAAUCACUGCAAACCUGUUAAUCAUUCAAGCCCUUUUCAGUACCAGUGAGAGGAAUAGCCCUAAUAUAUUAAUAUAUUGAGAAGAGUGAGCCACAGCCCAUCCUCGUAAAAAAAAAUCCCUUGAUUCCUAACUUACCUACUGCACUGUACUCAUGCUGUACCAAUCAGUGUGUUGCACAUCUCUGUGUUGAAUAUGCAAGGGAGUGACUUCAGUGCUGCUCUGUAAAACUCAAGACAGCAUCUACUGUAUACUGAAGACUAAGAAGAUCCACCCUUGGCCUGAGCUGCUUAUUCUGGUGUCGGCCACAGCAAGUGGCUACUGAACAGCAGGGGGCGCAAGGGAGGACCAAGAGCACAUAGCUGCUCUCCCACUAGACAGCAUGGGCCAUGGGGAACAGAACAGCCAAUCCAUCCUCCCCAGGAUGCCCUUGCAAGAGGAGAGGUAACUGGAACGCACAGAAAUUGGGGAGGCAAUGCAAACGUCACAGACACCAGUGACCAGAAUCACAUGCAGGACGAGGAAACGGAACUAAGUUACCACACCACUGGGCUUCCAGUGCAGUAUGAGAACAUUUUUUUAACAAAAUCUGGGACAGGCUUGUGCAUGAACUUUUUUUAAAGCCUUGUCUUAACCUAGAAAAAUAAUUAAACAUCUGUUCCUCAUAUUUCUCUUCAAUUCUUUUUACUUGCUGAACAUUUUUAAAGUAAUUCACUGGGAUCUAUAGAAAUGAGUGUGUGGAUGUGGGUGAAGAGCACCGACAGGGACCAGGAGCUCGUUCUUACUGAAAUAUACAGCUACUGCCAUGUGAACAUCUGAAGCCGCCAGUGUGAUGUAAUCAGUACCACUAGCAACAAUUAUAAUUCUUACAAUUUAAUAGUCAAUAUAUACAUAAUAUUUAAUAAAUGAUAGUUAAAAAAACACCACCUAAACCAAGCCAUUCCAUUCCAUUAAAAAGGCUGAAAUUUACAAAAUGUAAAUAAAAUGUGUUUACUCUGGGAAGUAUCAAUCAGCAUUAAGAACAUUGAAUUUUACUUUCUUAAAAGUAAAUUACAAAGGAUAGAUACCCUCUAGAUCACUUGGUUGCUAGCAGCAAAGAUCUUAUAGUCUCAUCUGGCCUUUUCUUAAAUCUGCUCCCGUUAUCAGCUUUGACAACAUGCUUGUGCAGCUUUUUUCAGACUCCCACAAGCCUCAUACCAGCAGGCUGAAGGAACAUUUUCAGUUUUCAAUAGAGAAGAGUAUGGUGGGACCCGAGAUCUAAAAACCUCAAAGGUCCUAUAAAGGCAACCUUGUGGCUGUUUUAAGUAUGAACAGUGAAACACAAACCAGUGGACAUAAGUGGAAACUAUGAGGAAGUGCAUUUAAAACCAGGAACAGCAGGUACUUCUUUGUGCAAAAGGCUGUAGGAGUCUGGAACUCCCAGCCAUGUGGUUGAAGCCAAUGCUCUUGACUUCUUUCAAGAAACAAGGGGAUGAGAUCCUAAGAUCAAUUAGCCACUCUCAACCAAACAGGCUAGAUGGACUGGAUAACCUCCUGCCUGUAACCUAAAGAAGUGCCUCCUGUUCAAAGUUUUAGAUGCACUUCCACAAUCUCCUCUUGUCCAUUUGGUUUGCACUUGACUGUUGAUUCUGAAGAAAUCCACUGGCCUGACUGUCCGUGCCUUUGAGGAUUUGGGAUAUUUGAAUCUGGCUCUCCUGUAUCCUCUGUUCAAAAUGAGAAAGGCCUGCAUCUUUUGGCCUGUAAGAACAGGGUAUUCCUUAAAGUUAAAAAAUGUCUGUAUACUUCCAACUCCAUUAUUACGUUUCCAUGCUAUAUUGCUCACUCACAUUGAAACUGAAGUAUCAAUAUCAACACCAAACUGACUCUAUGUAGCUUUUUUAAGCUCAUUGUUUCCCAUGUAAUAACGUUUUUACUAACAUGCAUGCAUUGUAUGAACGAUGUAAAUGUUAUUUAAAAUUAAAGAGUUUUUUUAUGUUUAAAAAAA